AUGGAUUCACAAGAAGAAGAGGAAAUUAAUCCCCAAUCCGAGUCGGCCGCCCACUCUAAUGUUCGCCCGAAGACGGAUAUCACAUGGAAAUAUGUUACCGAAGCUCAAGAUGAAAAUGGUAAAAAGAUGCGCAUUUGUACAUUUUGCAACAAGUCAUUUCGUGGGGGGGGGGGCAUUAACCGAAUGAAACAACACCUUGGUGGAGUUAAAGGAAAUGUAGCUGCGUGUUCAAAGGUUCCGGCGGAUGUAAGGUGUCAAAUGAAAACUUUGUUUGAAGAGAGUACGCAAAAAGGUAAAAAUACAGUUUCAGAGACUAAGACGGGUAGCGCACUAAAAUCAAAAAGUCUUGGUAAAAGGAAAGCUUCUUCAACAUCCGACAACGCACAAUCGUAUUUCUCAAGAGGUAUAAAUGAUCUUACUCAACCUUCAAUUAGAUCUGUAUGGCAAAGUAAGGAAAGAGUUCAUGAUACAGAUUUAGCUGUAGCCAUGUGGCUAUAUGAUGCAUGCAUACCUAUGAAUCCCGUAAAUUCUCCCCUUUUUCCAAUUGCAAUGAGUAAAGUAGCUUCCAUGGGGCAUGGAUAUACGGGACCUUCCUACCAUCAAGUUCGUGUAAAUUUGUUGAAAGAUGCUAAGCAAUCUGUGAAACUUAUAGUUGAUUCUUAUAGAGAGCAAUGGGCUGAAAGAGGUUGCACUAUAAUGAGUGAUGGAUGGAGAGACGUUAGACAAAGAGCUCUAAUUAAUUUUUUGGUUUAUUGUCCAACGGGGAUUUCAUUCAUCAAAUCUAUUGAUGCUUCUGAUAUUGAGAGUAAUGCUGAAGGUUUAUGCAAUUUGUUUAGUGAAAUUGUUGAGAUUGUUGGUUCCAAGAAUAUUGUUCACUUGGUCACUGAUAAUGCUGCAAAUUACAAAGCUGCGAGAAGAUUAUUAUGUGAUAGAUAUCCAAUGAUUUCUUGGUCUCCUUGUGCGGCUCACUAUAUAAAUUUGAUCUUAAAGGAUGUUUCAGAAAUGGAAGAUGUGUUAAAAUGUCUAACGGAGUUAAUUACGUUUUUUGUCCCCGUGGUUUGUUGA